CGGAUUCCGACGUGCGUAACGUCGUGCCAAAUUUUAAGUAUAUAAUCACGCCUUAACACUUUUUCCCCGUUUUUUCAUUACCCACUCCGCUCCUCCUACUAUUCUCUUUCUCCAAAGCCGUAACUCCUCCGCCCUCCUCCCUCACAACCCAUUCUCCUAUCAAUGUCUUCAACAAGUAGCACUUCCUUCCGCGGUAGCAUUCGCGGUAGGGGAAGCUUUCAGCGUUCUCACUCUCGAGCAUCACCGGAAUCGUCAUCUACCACUACCCCUCAGUCUAUAUUCAAUGCCGGUGGCGACUUGGAGGCUGAGGUCGAGGUCGAGGUCGAGGGCGAGGGCGAGGGCGGAGGAGGCGCCGAAGGAGGAGACGGAGUUUCAACGGAGGCUAGUGCAGUGCCGUACGUGGAUCUUCCGCGCUUGAUCACCAAGGCCGAACUGAAGGGCGAACAAGCUGUCCUAAACACAAUUAAAGUCAUAAUCAAAGAAAGUUUUCAUGGGCCGUGGAAUACCUACACAACCGCCCCCAAGGAAGUUCGUCAGCGAUGGUGGAACCUGUUUCGUCUUCGUUACACCUGGUUGCCUGGGGCAUACCCGGCGGGCACUGAAAAAAUCAUGAGGAGCGCCUUUAACACCCGUGGGUCCGUAUGGUUGACGAAGAGGUUCAUGAAUGCACGAAACAAAAAUAAGAAGCCGAGUUUUGUGGGAGAAGAUCACUGGGAAACGAUGGUUAAGUAUUGGGCAAGUCCGGAUUUUCGAGCAAAGAGCGUGAGGUCGAGCAAGAACCGAAACACGGAGAAGGCAAAGCAAAGGCAAUAUUAUGGGGGGCGUCGUUCUGUGAGCGAGCACAUCAAGAAGAUGGCAAACUUCAAUAGGCAAGAUGUGGUUGUAAAGUUUGUAAUCUUUGCUAACCAAGGGGAUGUGGUUUGUUAGUUAAUUACAAUACGUAUAACAUUUUUAUAUAUUAUGGUACAUAAAAUGAGUAUGAUGAAACUUAAGAAGAAGAAAAGAAUUUGUCAUAAAUGAGUAUUUUGUGUUUAAUAAAUGGGUAAUAUUUUU